GGAAGUUUUGUAAGACUCACUCACAUGCAGAACUUUGUAGAAAACAUCUUUUCCACUUCCUACUUCUUCGAAUGGUGGGAUAUCCGACACCCGCUGGAGGGGCUUCCCUGAUACUCUCUUUCCGUCUUCAUCGAAGAACUGUCCUCAUCAUUGGCUCAAAUGCUUUAGCUGCAUCGCGCGCUUUCGCCGCUUUGGACGCAGAUUCGUCGGUGGUUGUUAUUGCUAGAGGUGGGAUACAUGCGGCAUGCGACGAAUUGAAAUGGAGGGCACAGAACGGACAACUGACCGUUGUUGACUGGGGUUCCCUUCCUGGCCCACCAUCAACUUCCUCCAAUCACGACGCGGAAUUGCUAAAUGUAUAUCUGGCGGGUACUGCUGGUAUCGCGCUGGUAUGCGUAACAGACACUAUUCUUGGAGCUGACAUUUCCCAGAGAAGAAGCAAGGAUUCUGCACAGAGGAUCGCUCGCGUUUGUAGAGACCGUAAUAUUCCAGUCAAUGUCAUCGAUCGUCCGGAGCUCUGCGAUUUCUCCUUUACAUCCAUGCAUAGGUUUCAUGACGACAGCUCGGACACACCCAGUCCCUUACAAAUUGGAGUUACGACGAACGGGCAGGGUUGUCGCUUGGCUGGUCGGGUUCGCAGGGAGAUCGUAUCAAAAUUGCACAAGGAUGUAGGUCGUGCUGCUUUGAAAAUAGGGAAGUUGAGGAAAUUAGCAAGGGCAGAUGUAAUAUCAGAAGAGGACACACCUGAACUGACCGUGGUCGAGGAAGAUGCGGAGCCAACUCCCAAUACGCCCGUCCCUCAGCGGGCUGUGCAAGAAUCCUCUACAGACGCCGCACGACGACGUAUGAAAUGGGUUGCGCAAGUUAGCGAAUACUGGCCUAUCCCGCGGCUUGCUGAAAUGACAGAGCAAGAGUUGGCUGACAUAUUAGAUGGUCAAGGGCGUUUACCUGCUGUUCGUCCAGACGGGCAAGACACCACCCACUCAUCACCUCACAGUCAACCCGGGGACAGUGAAGCGGCUUCGCUGCAUGCAUUACCCCUCUCUGCAGUUGCGCCACCAGGAAGAAUCUUCUUGGUUGGCUCUGGUCCAGGACAUCCGUCAUUGCUCACCCUCGCCACACAUGCAGCACUCACUCGCCAUGCUGAACUCGUUCUGUCCGAUAAAUUAGUACCUGCAGCUGUACUUGGCUUGAUUCCAAAGCAUGUGGAAGUUCGCAUCGCGCGCAAGUUCCCAGGCAACGCUGACGGUGCCCAGAUGGAGCUCAUGGAAGCUGCAGUCGAAGCGGCUAAUCGAGGCCUUACAGUUGUCAGAUUAAAGCAAGGCGACCCAACAGUUUACGGUCGAGCGGGAGAAGAGGUGUUAUAUUUUAGGGCUCACGGUUACGAGCCAAUUGUUGUUCCUGGCGUGACCUCCGCCCUCGCUGGUCCUACCUUCGCUGGUAUCCCGGUAACGCAACGCGGGGCCGCGGAGUCAUUCAUUGUCUGUACAGGAGUUGGACGACAAGGAAAAGAAGUCAAGCUACCGGGAUACCAGAGGAGCCGCACACUGGUUAUGUUGAUGGGGGUUGCAAGGUUGCCUCAGGUAUUAAUAGCGCUACAGUCUGACACCGAGACAUCUGCGAGAAGCGGCCUUGCAUAUCCCGCAAACACCCCGAUAGCCCUCAUUGAGCGUGCAUCGAUGCCUGACCAGCGAGUUAUUUAUUCUACACUGCGGGACAUUGCUGCUGGAUUGGAGAGCGUUGGUGAACAGCGACCCCCUGGGAUGCUUAUUAUUGGGUGGUCUAUCCUAUCGUUGUGGGGGAAGGGUGAUAUGACCGUACUGGACGACAAUGCCCCAGCUGCUGAUGAAGAGAGGAUUCGCUCAUGGUUGGGGGUUGCCGGGUGGCGAAUUACCGAAGGGAUAGAUGGGGGAUGGAGCAAUCUGUAAUGACGGUAGUGUCCUGGCAUUAUAACAUGUUUCAUUUUCCCGUAUAGCUGCAUACAUUACAGUAGUGAUACCCCUUGAUACCCUCAGACCAAAAAAUUGUCAUUAACAAU